AUGCUGUCUCUUCAAUUACUUGUGCUAUUCCUAUCCAAACUUUUUCUGCUUCAAUCUACUUUUGCAAUUGAUUUUGCCUUCAAUGGUUUCAAUUCUUCUGAUAUCUUGCUCUAUGGCAAUGCAACAAUAGAUUCUGGUGUUCUUUCUCUUACUGAAAAUAGCACCUAUUCUAUUGGUAGAGCUCUCUACACUGCCAAGGUACCCACAAGGUAUCCAAACUCCUUAAACCUUCUGCCUUUCACAACCUCUUUCACCUUUUCUAUAUCUCCAAACAAGGAUCUUCUCGGGGGCCAUGGAUUCGUCCUCAUUUUUGUCCCUGCUCCUGGUAUCCAAGGUGCCUCUGCAGCGCAGUAUCUUGGCUUCUUGAACAAUACAAACGAUGGUAAUCCUAGCAACCAUGCUUUUGGUAUCGAAUUUGAUGUGUUCCAAGACAAAAAAUACGGCGAUAUUGACAAUAAUCAUGUUGGUGUUGAUGUCAAUUCUCUAACUUCUCUGGCUUCUUACAAAGCCGGAUACUGGUUUGCCGAUGACACGAAGGAGGACAGUAACAACACUAAUUGGUCUUUCAAGGAAGUAGAGCUGAACGAUGGAGCCAAUUACCAGGCAUGGAUUGAGUUCUGGAACAACCAGCUCAGCAUCACAUUGGCUCCAGAAAACAUAAAAAAGCCAGGGAGACCUUUGAUUAUGGUUCCUCUUGAUCUCUCUGAUGUUUUCCUUGAUGAAAUGUACGUGGGGCUCACUGCAUCAACCGGAGCAAACAUGGGACUUGUAACCUCCCUUCUUCUACCCCCCUUUCUUCUUCAUAUGGGAGACCAAAUGGCCGAACUGUGGGGGUUCGUGUUCACUCCAAACUUGAUGGUAGCCAAGAACUAUCAAAUAAAUGUCAAUGCUAGACGCAUCACAAGAUUUCAUGAGCUCAUUGGUGCAAUGAACGUAGCUAAAAAGCACGAUAAUAUACUUCUGAAGAACUAUAACUCUAGACCCGUGGGAGCUAAGUCAAUUCCGGAGUUUAAUUAUGGUCGUGUCUCUAAGAGAGGUCGCAAGGGGCGAAACCCUAAGGAUAGGGAUAAUUCUCGCCCUAAAGAGGAAUGA